AUGGGAACAGAAAUGAAAAAUCAGACUUUAGUGACAGAAUUCAUCCUUGCAGGCCUCUCCAGUAACCCAAAGAUGCAGUCCUUCUUCCUUGGUCUCUUCUCCAUCAUUUACAUCAUAACCCUGCUGGGAAACUUGAUCAUUUUCUCCCCUAUCUGCCUGGAUCCUCACCUCCAUACACCCAUGUACUUCUUCCUCAGUAAUCUCUCUCUCUUAGACAUCUGUUACUCUUCCAGCACAAUCUUCCACUUGCUGUCCAACUUCCUAUUUCAGAGAAGAACUAUAUCACUGGUUGGUUGUGCAGCCCAGAUGCACCUGUUUCUGGCCUUAGCAACCACAGAAUGCAUCCUCCUUGCAGUCAUGGCAUAUGACCGAUAUACAGCUAUAUGUCUUCCACUGAAUUACAGAGUAGUUAUGAGCCAGAGGACAUGUAUCACACUAGCUGUGGCUUCAUGGGGCUGUGGCCUUAUACUGCCAAUACCCCAUACUAUCCUGACAUGGAGGCUGCCAUUCUGUGGCCCCAAUGUGAUCAACCACUUCUUCUGUGAGAUGCCUGCUGUGUUGAGGCUGGCUUGUUCUGAUACGCAACUGAUUGAACUAGUCACCCAGGUGGGGUGUCUGUUCACUCUCCUGGCUCCUAUCACCUUCAUUUUUGUUUCCUAUGUGCACAUCCUGGCUGCCGUUCUCAAGAUCAAUUCUUCCAUGGGCAGACAAAAGGCCUUCUCCACCUGCUUCUCCCACCUGCUCGUGGUCGCUUUGUUCUAUGGUACUGCUUUCUUCAGGUACAUGCAGCCCAGCUCCUUCUGCUCCCUUGAGCUAAACAAGGUGCUCUCUCUUUUCUACACUGUUAUCACCCCUAUGUUAAACCCCAUCAUCUAUAGCCUGAGAAACAAAGAUGUCAAGAUGGCACUGAUAAAACUGCUGGACAAAGACCCUUUU